AUGCUUGUCAUCCUUCUCAACUGUGUCACUCUGGGAAUGUACCAACCUUGUGAAGAUGUGGACUGCUCCAGCGACAGAUGUAGGAUAUUACAGGCUUUUGACGACUUCAUCUUUAUUUUCUUCGCCAUGGAGAUGGUGGUCAAGAUGGUUGCUUUGGGGAUCAUCGGGAAGAAGUGUUACCUUGGCGACACAUGGAAUCGAUUGGAUUUUUUCAUUGUGAUGUCAGGGAUAGUGGAGUACUCGCUGGACCUGCAGAAUGUCAGCCUGUCUGCAAUCCGGACCGUGCGUGUCCUCCGACCACUGAAAGCAAUCAACCGGGUUCCGAGUAUGAGGAUCCUGGUCAACCUGUUACUGGACACUCUCCCGAUGCUUGGCAAUGUCCUGCUGCUUUGCUUCUUUGUAUUUUUUAUAUUUGGAAUCAUCGGUGUGCAGCUGUGGGCCGGUCUCCUGAGGAACCGCUGCUUCCUGGAAGAGAACCUGACGUUGUACAAUGGCCUCUCUCUGCCUCAGUACUAUCAUCCGGAGAAAGAUGAUGAAACCCCCUUUAUCUGCUCUCUGUCCGGGGACAAUGGGAUCAUGGGCUGCCAUGAGAUACCAACGUUGAGGGACAAUGGGCAUGAGUGUUGCUUGGACAAAGAUGACUAUUACUAUUACGCUGCUCUGGGACAGGAGCUCAAUGUCACCGGGGGCUGUGUCAAUUGGAACCGUUAUUACACAGUGUGUCAGACUGGGGACAGGAACCCUCACAAAGGUGCCAUCAACUUUGACAACAUUGGCUAUGCAUGGAUUGUGAUCUUUCAGGUGAUAACACUGGAAGGCUGGGUCGAGAUCAUGUAUUAUGUAAUGGAUGCACACUCUUUCUACAAUUUCAUUUACUUCAUCUUGCUUAUUAUCGUAGGUUCGUUCUUCAUGAUCAACCUGUGCCUGGUUGUCAUAGCAACGCAGUUCUCGGAGACGAAGCAGCGGGAGCACCAGUUGAUGCAGGAGCAGCGGGCACUCUACCUCUCGUCCAGCACGGUGGCAAGUUUUGCCGAGCCAGGGGACUGUUACGAGGAGAUCUUCCAGUACGUCUGUCACAUCCUGCGCAAGGCCCGGCGCCGCACACUGGGCCUUUACACCAGCUUCCACAGCCGUUGCCAAGGCAACCGAGGAGCGUCCAGUGUCAGGGUUUGCCAGAAGGAGUGUGGACACUACCCCGUGAUGGACAACCUGGAUUACAGCCCACAUGCAAUCGUGCAGCCCAUCGCCCUGAGCCUGACAUCUGACCCUAGCCACUGCCCACAAUGCAACAGCGUCGAACCGACCACAGGAGCCAAAGCCUCGGACCCGAUUGACUCUGAGGCUGGAUCGGGUUGUGAGGUGGGGACGGACAAACAGGCCAAGUUAAAACGAAAGGGGACAGUGAGGUCGGAACAGGAGCCGGGCUGGUGUGUUGAAUUGUGGAGCGAAAUGCGUGGCAAGUUGACAAAUAUCGUGGAGAGCAAAUAUUUCAACCGAGGCAUCAUGAUGGCAAUUCUCAUCAACACUAUUAGCAUGGGGAUUGAGCACCACGAACAGCCCGAGGAGUUGACCCAUGUCUUGGAAAUCAGCAAUAUUGUAUUCACCAGUAUGUUUGCCCUGGAAAUGAUUCUCAAACUCACUGCGUUUGGAUGCUUCAACUACUUGCGAAAUCCUUAUAAUAUUUUUGACGGCAUCAUCGUCAUCAUCAGUGUCUGUGAGAUUGUUGGACAGUCAGAUGGGGGCCUCUCGGUCUUGCGGACCUUCCGGCUCCUCCGGGUGCUGAAGUUGGUGAGGUUCAUGCCAGCUCUCCGCCGUCAGCUCGUCGUCCUCAUGAAGACAAUGGACAACGUCGCCACCUUCUGCAUGCUGCUGAUGCUCUUCAUCUUCAUCUUCAGCAUACUGGGAAUGCACAUAUUCGGUUGCAAAUUUAGCCUGAAGACCGAUGGUGGGGAUACUGUUCCUGAUAGGAAGAAUUUUGACUCUCUUCUCUGGGCUAUUGUCACAGUUUUUCAGAUUCUGACCCAGGAAGAUUGGAACGUCGUGCUUUAUAACGGAAUGGCCUCCACCUCACCCUGGGCUGCUUUGUAUUUUGUGGCGCUGAUGACCUUUGGCAAUUACGUGCUCUUUAACCUUUUGGUUGCCAUCCUGGUUGAGGGUUUCCAGGCUGAGGGAGAUGCCAACAAAUCAGACUCGGAGGAAGAACAAACUUCAACAAACUUGGAAGACUACGAAAAGAUCAAAGAAAUGCAUUACUUAUCAGAGCUGAAAGCCUGUUCGAUUGCCAUGACUCCCAACGGGCAUUUGGAUCUGUCUCCUCAGAAUCAGUCUGUAGGAUCGAGGAGUUCACUCCAACUGGAAAACCCCUACAUCCCUACAGGAUCACGGAAAAGCAGCGUGACCUCACUGACCCGUGUCAACUUUGACCAGAAGUCGCUGUCAAGCCGCCGCAGCUCUCACUACGUGCCGUGGGGCACUGGCAGUAACUGGGGCAGCCGGAGGACCAGCUGGAGCAGUGUGGGCCGCUCCUCCAGCCUGAAACACAAGCCUCUCUCUGGGGAGCAUGAGGCUCUCCUCGCGGGCAACAGGCGAAGAAUCUGCUCGACCUCCGAUGACCCCAGCGAUGCCCGGCCCGAGGAGGCCACCAGCUCCAACCCACUGCACCGUCGGGCACUAUCGCUGGACACCAAAGGUUCAGGAGACUUGCCGGAACUCCUCCAGGUCCCCGCCGUGCAGCCCGUGCCGAGGAAGAACAGCAUAGCAACCGUUACCAUGGACCGCAGGGACUGUAAUGGAAAGGGCCCACACAUUGUGAAGGAAAUCUUCCCAAAGAUGAACAACAGGAAAGAGCCGGGCGUUUACGAAGAGGAGAUUGACUAUAGUCUGUGGUUCCGAAUUCAGAAGAUGGUGGAGAUUUACAAGCCAGACUGGUGUGAUACCCGAGCAGACUGGUCAGUCUAUCUGUUCUCCCCACAGAAUAGGUUCCGCCUGAUGUGUCAAAUGAUCAUUGCCCACAAGCUCUUUGAUUAUGUCGUUCUGGCCUUUAUUUUCCUGAACUGCAUCACGGUGGCUUUGGAGCGGCCUGAGAUUGACCAGGGAAGCACAGAAAGGAUCUUCCUCAGUGUUUCCAAUUAUUUCUUCACGGCUAUCUUUGUGGCAGAGAUGACCCUGAAGGUUGUGUCUCUAGGGUUUUACAUUGGUGACCAAGCCUACUUGAGGAGUAGCUGGAACAUUCUGGAUGGCUUCCUGGUCUUCGUGUCGCUUAUUGACAUCGUCGUGUCGUUGGCAUCAGCAGGUGGGGCGAAGAUCUUGGGUGUACUCCGAGUGCUAAGGCUCCUCAGGACACUACGGCCCCUCAGGGUCAUCAGCCGAGCUCCAGGCUUGAAAUUGGUUGUUGAAACUCUCAUUUCCUCGCUGAAGCCCAUUGGGAACAUUGUCCUCAUUUGCUGCGCUUUCUUCAUAAUCUUCGGGAUCCUUGGAGUCCAGCUUUUCAAAGGCAAAUUCUACUACUGUCAGGGUCAUGACACCCGCAAUGUCACGAACCGAUCGGACUGCUUGCUGGCUAACUACAGGUGGAUCCAUCACAAAUACAACUUUGACAAUCUGGGACAGGCUCUGAUGUCACUCUUUGUGCUGGCUUCGAAGGAUGGUUGGGUCAACAUCAUGUACCACGGGCUGGACGCAGUCUCCAUUGACCAACAGCCCAUCAUCAACCACAAUCCCUGGAUGUUGCUGUAUUUCAUCUCCUUCCUGCUCAUCGUCAGUUUCUUUGUGUUGAACAUGUUUGUCGGCGUGGUGGUGGAGAACUUCCACAAGUGCCGUCAGCACCAGGAGGCAGAGGAGGCGAGGAGGCGCGAGGAGAAACGCCUGCAGAGGCUGGAGAAGAAACGCAGGAAAGCCCAACGCUUGCCGUAUUAUGCCGCCUACUCACCUGUCCGCCUCUUCAUCCACACCAUGUGCACCAGUCAUUAUCUGGACCUCUUCAUCACCUUCACCAUCUGCAUCAAUGUGGUGACCAUGUCUCUGGAACACUACAACCAACCCAAGUCUCUGGAAGUUUCUCUGAAAUAUUGUAACUACAUGUUCACAACAGUGUUCGUCCUGGAAGCAGCUCUUAAACUGAUAGCUUUUGGAUUACGGAGGUUUUUCAAGGACAGGUGGAACCAACUGGACCUGGCCAUCGUGCUGCUCUCUGUGAUGGGAAUCACUUUAGAGGAGAUCGAGAUCAGUGCUGCCCUGCCCAUUAAUCCCACCAUCAUCCGGAUCAUGAGGGUUCUCCGGAUCACUCGGGUGCUAAAGUUGCUGAAGAUGGCCACCGGAAUGAGGGCCCUCCUGGACACCGUAGUACAGGCCCUGCCUCAGGUGGGGAAUCUCGGUCUCCUGUUCAUGCUUCUUUUCUUCAUUUACGCAGCGCUGGGAGUCGAACUGUUUGGUAAACUGGUCUGCGAUGAGGACCACCCCUGUGAGGGAAUGAGCCGUCAUGCUACCUUCGAGAACUUCGGCAUGGCAUUCCUGACACUGUUCCAGGUGUCAACUGGAGACAACUGGAAUGGGAUCAUGAAGGACACCCUCCGUGAUUGCUCCAAUGAUGAUCGUGGUUGCUUCAGUAACCUCCAGCUGAUCUCGCCGCUGUACUUUGUCAGCUUCGUGCUGACCGCCCAGUUCGUGCUGAUCAACGUGGUAGUGGCGGUCCUCAUGAAACAUCUUGAUGACAGCAACAAGGAAGCCCAGGAGGACGCCGAGCUGGACGCUGAGAUCGAGAUGGAGCUGGCCCAGGGCUUCUGCUGCCAGCUGGCCGGUCCAUCAGCCCCCGGGGGCAGCGCUGGGUCCGACAACGGCCCCAAGGGUCACAAGAAGAAAGCAGAGAGGCCAGACCCAGGCAAACACAUCUCGCCUGCGCAGGAGAACUUGUGGCUGGACAGUGUCUCACUAAUCAUACGAGAUACUUUUGAGAAUGAACUGUUGAUGAUUGAUAACCUCUCUGGAUCUAUCUUCCACCAUUACACCUCUUCACCCACCUGCCGGAACUGUCACCACGACAAGCAAGAGGUUCACCUCGCUGAGACAGAGGCGUUCUCCCUGACCUCAGAGCUCCUCUCGGACAAAUCAUCGUCGGUGGUUCUGGCUGAUGACCUGAGCUCAGACGACAGUGUACCUCACCUGACCAUCAGGGAAGGUGAUGAAAAGGAAGAAACAAAUAAACCUGGUGCUCAUGAGAAUGGCAACACAAGCAUCUUAACAGUGAAGGAGACAGCGAUAUACAGAACAAACUCACUGCCAAACAACAGCUACAGUUUGCAAGUCGAGAAUUCAUUGCUGGUUGCCAUCAGUGAUACCUCCCUGAGCGACGGUUCAGUGGACAGCCUUCAGACGACACUAGAGAACAGCCUGAGAUUGGCGGUGUCACCUCAGUGCACUCUGGCUCUCCCCAUGGUCUGUACCGCUCUGUCAGCCCAAAGAAACACUCCCUCCUUCACCCCGCCUCUCCGGGUAAACGCCUUCCAACGUCGGACGAGCCGAGGGCUCCAGAUGAUGAGGGGACGCCAAAGGAGUCAAAGCAGCGGGGGCAGCACCAGCCCGGGAUGCACAUAUCAGGACUCCAUGGACCCCUCGGAUGAGGAAGGGAUCAGCCACUCCCUGAGGGCCAACAGCGAGCAGUCUGAGACACUGAGCAGCCUCUCUCUAUCCUCCCUCUUCUCUCCAUCGCGAUCACCACCCACUCCAAUCAAAAAAUGUAACAGCACAGGCACUUUGGACACUGUCUCAAAAGACAGGGACACCAAACAAUUUUAUACCGUUGACCAACAAGGGUUCCUAACAGCACCCUCUUGGGUGGCUGACUUCUGCAGGAAUAACCAUCCUGCUUCUGGCCUGGGAGGCCAAGGAGCUGACCAGGGGACAGACACUGAGGACAUUAAAAUAGCACAUGUGCGACCAUCCUCCCAGAUCCAAACUGGGCCUGAGUACAACGCCACAAUGCAAAGGAAGAAAAGAUGA